CCUUACCUUCCACCUCACUUCGCUUCUAUAUAUCAACACAUUGCUUGUCUUUCUUCCACUCCUCUCCACUAUACUUUCACAUCUCUCGACUGCUUCUAUCCGACUCCGCCCUUCAAGCUUACACCUCUGCGAGCACUCCAUACCGCUCACCGUCUACAGCGAUCACCCCGCCCACCAAGACUCUAAAGCUACAAUCGAUUGCAACUCACCACAAGACCCCGUAUAAUCGCACAGUUCUACAUCGUACACACGGGCAACAUGGACUCGGCAAGAUCCUUCUUCCCACCGGGGUACAACGCUCACGCAUCCGACUCUUCCCGACGCAACGCCCAUAGGCAGCCCGGCGGCAGCAUAUCGACGAAGUCCAGUGCCAUACGCAGCGCGAACACGCCCACCAGCUCGGGUGUUCACCGAAGUUCAAACACGUCGGCAACUUCCGUUUCCUCCCACAGCACCAGCUACCCUCCCGUGGCAUUCCACAGCUACGUGCCGAAUCCUGCCUUCCAAGCCCCAAAUGCAUAUCGAGGUCCCCCCAAUACGCCAGAAAAUUCGAGUGCCACAGCAAGCUCCAGCUAUGUGUCACAGAUAGGCUCGCAGGGCUUCGUUUAUCCUCGCGAUGGCCCUGGCCGCAAUGCACUCACUCAUCACUCUCGUCCGCCCCGAGCCGUCAGACUCGGGUCCAAGACAUACACCAUCGGGUCUGUCAUUCAACCUCCCUCUGGCGGCAACACACUGAUGAGCGAUGGCGUGCGCAUCAUCAUCGACUCCCACAGCAGAGACUUCGUGGAGAAGAGGCUCAAGAUGCAUUCCGCGGAGCAACGAGAGCGAGCCAACGCCGAGAUGAAUGCACUGCAGCAGAUCCGAAGAGCCGGGGGAUCUCCGCACGUGAAUCAAAUCGAAGAUGCAUUCUGGCAGCUUGGUACAGAUCAUGCAAGCCUUGUCCUUGACUUCUGCAACGCCAACACACUCGAAGCUUACAUCGACAGUUGCCGACGCAAGAACGAGAAGAUCGACGAACAGUUUUGCUGGCAGGCCAUGGCACAGCUCAGUGCGGGGAUUGCAAUGUGUCACUACGGCGUGCCCGACCCCUUCAGCACAAGCGAUUCGCCGGCAGACUGGAAUGCCAUCUGCCAUCUCGACAUCAAGCCGGCGAAUGUCUUCAUGGACACCAGGAAAAGCGUGGGGUACGAGAAUCUCCCCUAUCCCACUCUCAUCCUCGGGGACUUUGGCUGCUGCAUCACGAAAGACGACCGCAUGCGGGGCAAGAUCAAGUCGAACGUGCCACCGUAUGGUACCGCAGGCUGGUUUCCUCCCGAGACAACCUACGCCGAUCCCGGACCAAAAGGUGCAUAUGGCAAGCACAGCGACAUCUGGCAGCUCGGGGGUGUGAUACAGACAAUGUGCCGCCUGAUUGCCGUGCCCGACACCUACUACCUCGACACCGAUCGACCGUGUGGCAGGGGAUACACACCUCAGCUGGGCAACGCCGUGCGAAUGUGCAUGCACAAAGAGGCCUUCACGCGACCGAAUGCCAUCGAUGUUGCGAAGAACGUCAAGCGGCUCAGUGGAUUGCCGAAUCGGCCUACUUGAUCAUGGUGUGGCACUGCUGUGUCGUGGUCGUACGAUGCGACAAGGGCGAAAGGUUGUGUUUCAAAAGAAGCGAGCGGAUAAUAGAACAAGACCCCA